AUGCACAGAUGGUGGCCUAAGUGUAGUUUUUCCUGUCCUCUUUUACAGCGGGAUGCAAAAGGACAGUAUCUGUUUGACCUCCUCUGCCACCAUCUAAACCUACUGGAGAAAGACUAUUUUGGCAUCAGAUAUGUGGAUCCAGACAAGCAGCGGCACUGGUUGGAGUUCACCAAAUCAAUUUCAAAGCAAAUGAAAUCUCAGCCUCCUUUCACCAUGUGUCUGAGAGUAAAGUUCUACCCUCCUGAUCCUGUUGCUCUCAAGGAGGAAAUCACUCGAUAUUUGGUCUUCCUGCAGCUAAAGAGAGACCUCUAUCAUGGUCGUCUCCUGUGCAAAACCUCAGACGCUGCCAUGCUGGCUGCCCACAUCCUUCAAGCUGAGAUUGGUGAUUACGACCCUGGGAAGCAUCCUGAAGGUUACAGUUCCAAAUUCCAGUUCUUUCCCAAGCACUCGGAGAAACUGGAGCGCCGGAUCGCAGAAAUACACAAAACUGAGCUGAUCGGACAGACUCCUGAAACAUCAGAGCGAAAUUUCCUGCUGAAAGCCCAGAUGCUGGAGACAUAUGGUGUUGAUCCGCAUCCAUGUAAGGAUGUGUCGGGGAACCCCGCUUUUCUCGCCUUCACGCCAUUUGGCUUUGUGGUUCUUCAGGGAAACAAGAGAGUUCACUUUCUUAAAUGGAACGAGGUGUCCAAGCUCAAAUUUGAAGCCAAGACUUUCCACAUAUAUGCAAAUCAGAAGGAGGACAGAAAGAUCAUUUUAACAUACUUUGCGCCGACGCCAGAGGCAUGCAAGCACCUUUGGAAGUGUGGUGUGGAGAAUCAGGCGUUUUACAAGUGAGUCUGCAGCUUUCAUAUCUUAUUAGGCUGUUUUUUCGCCCUCUCUCCAUCCCUGAACAGUGUCAGAGAGGAUACCAUCACAUCACGAUGGUGUCCUUAAAACCCCUUCCCUUCAGCUUGUUUAUCAACUGGAGAAGUGAGAUGUGAGGUCAUGCUGAUUUUUAGACUCCAAACACUUCAGUGCUUUUCUUGAUAGAUGCUUCCAAUGUCUUAUCCAUGAGUUACAGGUCAGGAUCUCCAUGAUCUACAGCUGAUAGAAGUUGAUUAACAAAAGGCAAUUAGUCUGGGGUGCUGGGAAGAGUUCUAGCACCAUGGUUAGAGGCUAUAGUUUUCAACAUAGCUGUCCUGAGUUUGAUUGGGACAUUUCCUUCUGUCUCCCCCUUUAUUUACUGUACAAUAAAGGUAAUCAG